AUGGCAGUCAGACUGUGUGAUGUGGCUUCUCUGCUUAGAAGUGGUUCGUGGGCAGCAGAGCCUUGGACCGGGGUAAUUGCUGCCAUGGAAACACAACUGUCUAAUGGGCCAACUUGCAAUAACACAGCCAACGGUCCAACCACCAUAAACAACAACUGCUCGUCACCAGUUGACUCCGGGAACACAGAGGACAGCAAGACCAACUUAAUAGUCAACUAUCUCCCUCAGAACAUGACACAGGAGGAACUGAAGAGUCUAUUUGGGAGCAUCGGUGAGAUAGAGUCCUGUAAGCUUGUAAGAGACAAAAUAACAGGGCAGAGCUUGGGAUAUGGCUUUGUGAACUACAUUGACCCUAAGGAUGCAGAGAAAGCUAUCAACACCCUGAAUGGAUUGAGACUUCAAACCAAAACAAUAAAAGUUUCCUAUGCGCGCCCGAGUUCAGCUUCCAUCAGAGAUGCUAAUUUAUACGUCAGUGGACUUCCAAAAACAAUGACCCAGAAGGAGUUGGAGCAACUUUUUUCACAAUAUGGACGCAUUAUUACUUCUCGUAUUCUCGUUGACCAGGUCACUGGCAUAUCAAGGGGUGUAGGGUUUAUUCGAUUUGACAAGCGGAUUGAGGCAGAAGAAGCUAUCAAAGGCCUAAAUGGCCAGAAACCUCCCGGUGCCACAGAGCCAAUCACUGUAAAGUUUGCUAAUAACCCAAGCCAAAAGACCAAUCAGGCCAUCCUUUCCCAGCUGUACCAGUCUCCAAACAGAAGGUAUCCAGGACCACUAGCUCAGCAGGCACAGCGCUUUAGGUUGGACAAUCUGCUCAAUAUGGCUUAUGGAGUAAAGAGGUUUUCUCCAAUGACCAUUGAUGGAAUGACCAGUUUGGCUGGAAUUAAUAUCCCUGGGCACCCAGGAACAGGGUGGUGUAUUUUUGUGUACAACCUGGCUCCUGAUGCAGAUGAGAGUAUCCUGUGGCAAAUGUUUGGGCCUUUUGGAGCUGUCACCAACGUGAAGGUCAUCCGUGACUUUAACACCAAUAAAUGCAAAGGUUUUGGAUUUGUGACUAUGACAAACUAUGAUGAGGCUGCCAUGGCGAUAGCUAGCCUCAAUGGAUACCGUCUGGGAGACAGAGUACUGCAGGUCUCCUUUAAGACAAACAAAACGCACAAAGCCUAA